CGGGCAUCCAUGUCGGCGGGCAGGGAUUAGCGCGGCGGACACCGAGCCGAGCGGAGGGGGCGGCCGGCCCGUCGCCCCCUUCCCGCGGGGUCUCCGGCGGAGGAGAGCCGUACCCGGCCGGCGGGGGCGGGUGGACAUGGCUGACCGGAGCGCACCGAGCUGCCACCUGCGGCUGGAGUGGGUCUACGGCUACCGGGGUCACCAGUGCCGCAACAACCUCUAUUACACGGCGGCCAAGGAGAUCGUCUACUUCGUGGCGGGGGUCGGCGUGGUCUACAGCCCCCGGGAGCACCGGCAGAAAUUCUACCUGGGGCACCAGGACGACAUCAUCAGCCUUGCUUUGCAUCCUGAACGUGUGUUGGUGGCAACAGGUCAAGUUGGAAAAGAACCGUACAUCUGCGUGUGGGAUUCAUACACUGUGCAAACUGUAUCUGUUCUGAAAGACGUUCACACACAUGGUAUAGCUUGCUUGGCUUUUGAUUUAGAUGGUCAGCGUUUGGUCUCAGUUGGUUUGGAUUCAAAAAAUACAGUUUGUGUAUGGGACUGGAGAAAAGGAAAAUUGUUAUCAAUGGCUCCUGGUCAUACAGACAGAAUAUUUGAUAUUUCUUGGGAUUUAUACCAGCCAAACAAGCUUGUCAGCUGUGGUGUAAAACACAUCAAGUUCUGGAGUUUGUGUGGCAAUUCAUUGACACCAAAACGUGGUGUUUUUGGCAAAACUGGUGAUCUCCAGACUAUAUUGUGCCUCGCCUGUGCAAGGGAUGAAGUGACGUAUUCUGGUGCGUUGAAUGGAGAUAUCUAUGUAUGGAAAGGAAUCAACCUUGUACGGACAAUACAGGGAGCACAUGCUGCAGGAAUUUUCAGCAUGAAUGCAUGUGAAGAGGGUUUUGCCACUGGUGGCAGGGAUGGCUGUGUUCGCUUAUGGGACUUAAAUUUUAAACCAAUUACUGUGAUUGAUCUCAGGGAAACAGACCAAGGAUAUAAAGGUCUGUCUGUAAGAAGUGUUUGCUGGAGAGGAGACCAUAUACUUGUUGGGACACAAGACAGUGAAAUUUUUGAAAUUGUGGUGCAUGAGCGUAAUAAGCCUUUCCUGAUAAUGCAGGGGCACUGUGAAGGAGAGCUGUGGGCUUUGGCUGUCCAUCCUACAAAACCCCUGGCAAUGACUGGAAGUGAUGAUCGAUCAGUCAGAAUUUGGAGUUUAAUAGACCAUGCUCUGAUUGCCCGGUGCAACAUGGAGGAACCCAUUCGCUGCGCCGCAGUCAGCACUGAUGGAAUCCAUCUUGCUCUGGGUAUGAAGGAUGGCUCUUUCACUGUGCUCCGAGUCAGAGAUAUGACUGAGGUUGUUCAUAUCAAAGACAGGAAAGAAGCUAUUCAUGAACUCAAAUAUUCUCCAGAUGGGAAUUUCCUAGCUGUUGGUUCCAAUGACAGCUCUGUGGAUAUAUAUGGUGUUGUUCAACGAUACAAGAAGGUUGGGGAAUGUAUUGGAUCUUUAAGUUUCAUCACACAUAUGGAUUGGUCUUCAGACAGUAAAUACUUACAGACCAAUGAUGGCAAUGGAAAGAGACUUUUUUACAGAAUGCCAAGUGGAAAAGAGGUAACAAACAAGGAGGAAUUAAAAGGCAUUCAGUGGGCAUCAUGGACCUGUGUUUCUGGCGUAGAAGUUAAUGGAAUCUGGCCCAAAUAUUCAGAUAUAAAUGAUAUAAAUUCUGUGGAUGCAAAUUUUAUUGGGCAAGUUAUGGUUACAGCUGAUGAUUAUGGAAUAGUAAAGCUCUUUCGAUACCCAUGUCUAAGAAAAGGAGCAAAGUUUAAAAAAUAUCUCGGUCAUUCUGCUCACGUGACAAAUGUCAGAUGGUCCCAUGAUCACCAGUGGGUUGUUUCCAUUGGAGGAGCUGAUCACUCUGUCUUUCAGUGGAAGUUUGUACCUGACCGGAAGUUGAAGGAUUCUCUUCAUAUAGCACCCCAAGAGAGUCUGGUUGACUCUAAUAGUGAUGAAUCAGAUUCAGAUCAGUCUGAUGUUCCAGAGCUGGACUCUGAAAUUGAGCAAGAGACACAGAUCACCUAUCGUCGACAGGUUUACAAAGAAGAUCUACCUCAACUUAAAGAGCAAUGCAAAGAAAAAAGAAAAAGUGCAGCUUCUAAGAGACGUGAGCGAGCUCCAGGGAACAGUAUAAGACUACAUUUUGUUCAUGGUUACAGAGGUUACGACUGUCGAAGUAAUUUAUUUUACACUCAGACGGGUGAAAUUGUAUACCACGUGGCAGCGGUGGGAGUGGUGUACAACCGACAGCAGAACACACAGCGCUUCUAUCUGGGUCACGAUGAUGACAUUCUUUGCCUUGCUAUUCAUCCCUUAAAGGACUACGUGGCAACAGGCCAGGUUGGUCGAGAUCCCUCAAUACACAUUUGGGAUACAGAAACAAUAAAACCACUCUCAGUAUUAAAGGGCUAUCACCAGUACGGUGUUUGUGCUGUUGAUUUUUCAGCGGAUGGGAAACGAUUGGCUUCUGUUGGAAUAGAUGACAAUCACACUAUUGUACUCUGGGACUGGAAGAAAGGAGAAAAGCUUUCAGCAGUAAGGGGAAGCAAAGAUAAGAUUUUUGUGGUUAAGAUUAAUCCUUACAUGCCUGAUAAAUUGAUUACAGUUGGAAUUAAACACAUGAAAUUCUGGCGUAGAGCAGGUGGAGGACUAAUUGGGAGAAAGGGCUGCAUAGGUGCAUUGGGAAGAACUGAUACAAUGAUGUGUGCAGUAUAUGGCUGGACUGAAGAGAUGGCGUUCUCUGGAACUUCCACGGGGGAUGUGUGUAUUUGGAGAGAUGUGUUUCUCAUAAAAACUGUCAAAGCACAUGACGGUCCUGUGUUCAGCAUGCACGCACUAGAAAAAGGAUUUGUCACUGGAGGAAAGGAUGGGGUAGUAGCUCUCUGGGAUGAUACUUUUGAACGUUGUCUCAAAACCUAUGCCAUCAAAAGGGCUGCUUUGGCCCCUGGGUCUAAAGGUCUCCUCUUAGAAGAUAAUCCUUCUAUACGUGCCAUAUCAUUAGGACAUGGUCAUAUUUUAGUGGGCACAAAGAAUGGUGAAAUAUUGGAGGUGGAUAAAAGUGGACCAAUAACUCUGCUGGUUCAGGGUCACAUGGAGGGGGAAGUUUGGGGUCUAGCUACUCAUCCUCAUUUACCUAUUUGUGCCACUGUAAGUGAUGACAAAACCUUAAGAAUAUGGGAUUUAUCUCCUAGCCAUUGUAUGUUAGCUGUUCGCAAAUUGAAAAAGGGAGGCAGAUGUUGCUGCUUUUCUCCUGAUGGAAAAGCAUUAGCUGUUGGUCUCAAUGAUGGAAGUUUUUUGAUAGUUAAUGCAGAUACCCUGGAGGAUCUAGUCUCUUUCCAGCACAGAAAAGAUGUUAUUUCAGAGAUACGAUUUUCUCCUGGGGCUGGAAAGUACUUGGCUGUGGCAUCCUGUGACAAUUUUGUAGAUAUUUACAAUGUAAUGAGUAGUAAACGAGUAGGAAUCUGCAAGGGAGCCUCCAGCUAUAUCACGCACAUGGACUGGGACAUAAGAGGAAAACUCUUGCAGGUCAACACUGGUGCUAAAGAGCAGUUGUUUUUUGAAGCCCCUCGUGGGAAAAAACAGACAAUUCCUACUUUGGAGGUAGAAAAGAUUGGCUGGGCAUCAUGGACAAGCGUUUUGGGCUCUUGCUGUGAAGGAAUCUGGCCAAUAAUUGGUGAAGUCACAGAUGUAACUGCUUCAUGCCUCACUAGUGAUAGUAAAGUUUUAGCUACAGGAGAUGAUUUUGGGUUCGUGAAACUGUUCCGAUACCCUGCUAAAGGAAAGUUUGGAAAAUUUAAGAGGUAUGUUGCUCACAGUACCCAUGUAACAAAUGUCCGCUGGACCUAUGACGACAGUUUGUUGGUCACUGUUGGAGGAGCAGACACCUCUUUAAUGCUGUGGACUUAUGAGAUGGAAGGACAUCGGGAUAGCAGGCAGUGUGACAGUGAAGAGUCUGACCUAGAUUCUGAAGAAGAUGGAGGUUAUGACAGUGAUGUAACAAGGGAAAAUGAAAUUAAUUACACCAUCAAAGCCUUAUCAACAAACAUUAGACCAAUGUUUGGAAUUAAGCCUCAUCUGCAACAAAAGGAGCCAACCUUAGAUGAAAGACCACCAGUUAGUAGGGCAUUGCCACAGCCGGAGAAACUUCAGACAAAUAACGUGGGGAAAAAAAAGAGACCUAUAGAGGACCUAAUUUUGGAGCUGGUGUUUGGGUAUCGAGGCAAGGACUGCAGGAACAAUGUGCACUAUUUGAAUGAUGGUGCUGAUGUAAUAUAUCAUACUGCAUCUAUUGGGAUCUUGUACAAUGUGGCAACAGGCUCUCAGUCUUUUUACCAGGAACACAAUGAUGAUAUUUUGUGCCUCACUGUUAAUCAGCACCCCAAGUUUACCAACAUAGUGGCAACUGGCCAAGUAGGAGACUCAGCAGAUAUGUCAGCUACAGCUCCUUCUAUCCAUGUGUGGGAUGCAAUGAACAAACAGACACUGUCAGUACUGCGGUGCUACCAUUCAAAGGGCGUUUGCUCAGUCAGUUUCAGUGCCACUGGCAAACUGCUGCUGUCCGUGGGGCUGGAUCCUGAACAUACCAUUACCAUUUGGAAGUGGCAGGAAGGUGCCAAAAUUGCCAGCCGAGCCGGACAUAACCAGCGUAUAUUUGUAGCAGAAUUCAGACCAGAUUCAGACACCCAGUUUGUUUCUGUGGGAGUAAAACAUGUGAGGUUCUGGACACUGGCUGGAAGAGCUCUUCUCAGUAAAAAAGGGCUGCUGAGCUCCAUAGAAGAUGCCCGCAUGCAGACAAUGCUAUCUGUAGCUUUUGGAGCGAAUAACUUGACAUUUACAGGUACUAUCAGUGGAGAUGUUUGUGUUUGGAAAGAUCACGUGUUGAUACGAAUUGUGGCCAAAGCUCACAACGGACCUGUUUUCACAAUGUACACCACAUUAAGAGAUGGUUUGAUUGUUACAGGAGGCAAAGAAAGGCCUUCAAAGGAAGGAGGAGCAGUUAAGCUAUGGGAUCAAGAGCUAAAAAGAUGUCGUGCCUUCAGACUAGAGACAGGACAAAUGACAGACUGUGUUCGUUCUGUUUGUAGAGGCAAGGGGAAAAUUCUCGUUGGGACAAGAAAUGCUGAAAUAAUUGAAGUUGGAGAGAAAAAUGCUGCAUGUAACAUUUUAAUUAAUGGUCAUAUGGAUGGACCAAUCUGGGGCCUAGCCACGCAUCCAUCCAGAGACUUUUUCCUUUCUGCUGCAGAAGAUGGCACAGUAAGACUCUGGGAUAUUGUUGAAAAGAAGAUGCUAAACAAAGUCAGCUUAGGACAUGCAGCUCGUACUGUUUGUUACAGCCCAGAAGGCGAUAUGGUAGCCAUUGGCAUGAAAAAUGGAGAAUUUAUUAUCUUGCUUGUGACCUCUCUAAAAAUUUGGGGGAAAAAAAGGGACAGAAGAUCAGCAAUUCAAGAUAUCAGGUUUAGCCCAGAUUCUCGAUACUUAGCAGUCGGUUCCAGUGAGAAUGCAGUGGAUUUUUAUGAUCUGACUUUGGGUCCCACACUAAAUCGAAUCAGCUAUUGCAAAGAUAUCCCAAGUUUUGUGAUCCAGAUGGACUUCUCUGCUGAUAGCUCUUAUCUCCAGGUCUCUACGGGGUCUUACAAAAGGCAAGUGUAUGAAGUGCCUUCAGGAAAACAGCUUGUGGACCAGGCUGUGAUUGACAGAAUAACAUGGGCUACUUGGACAAGUGUUCUUGGGGAUGAAGUAAUUGGAAUCUGGUCCAGGCAUGCUGAAAAAGCUGAUGUAAACUGUGCUUGUGUCUCUCACUCGGGAAUCAAUCUUGUAACAGGCGAUGAUUUUGGCAUGGUCAAACUGUUUGACUUUCCAUGUCCUGAAAAAUUUGCAAAACACAAACGAUUUUUAGGUCACUCUGCCCACUUAACUAAUAUUCGAUUUACAAGUGGAGAUAGAUAUGUGGUCAGUGCCGGAGGGGACGACUGCAGCUUAUUUGUUUGGAAAUGUGUGCAUAUGCCUCAUUGAGAGAGACAUGGAGACCUGCAAGAGGACACUGCAUGAAGUACCAGGCAUGAAAUACCCAGGAUUGCAAUGUGACGUUCUACUGUGCCCUGCAUGUGCAAGAAAUGGUGCUGCCCCAAGACACAGAGCACUCUGGCUCUGAAAGACAAAUACCAAGAGUCUGCCCGAAGGAUGGACUGUCACAGAUGUGCUGAGGCUGCUAGAUUUGCUUCAGUAUCAGCUAAUCCGGGUUUGUAUUCCACUCACUGCCAGAUGUUGAAAAUGGAAUAUGUGGAUGAAAGGAAAAAGUGAAUUGUUAAUCAAUGUACAGUCUCACAGCAAGUUCCUGGGGUUUUAAUCAAGCGAUUCUAUUUCUGACCUAGUGCUGUACAUUGAUCUAUUUUCAGCAUGAAUGUUUUUCCUUUUAAGUUGAGGUCUAAAUAGCAUAGAUAAAAAGAGUACUCCAUAUUUUAUUACUGAAAGAGACAAUAUAUUAACUCACAAAUAAAUAGUAUUUUAAUAAAGGUUUAAUUAUUAUAAUGGAAAUUAUAUUUCUAUGGCUGGUCAGAAGGAAACAUCAUUUGGUGAAGCAGAAAAUAAUAGAGCUGAUUCCUUAGGACUGAAAUAUUUCUGUAUUUAGGGGCCUGGGUCACAGUCAUGUCUGGUGAAAGCCGUUGGAUAUGCAUGAUCUUCAUGGCUAAUUUAGUGUUUUUGUUGCACUUAAACAUUAAAUUAGUUCUGUGAGCAAAAAUAGAUUUGCUCACUUUGCGAGUGCCUUUCCCACUACCUAAAAGUCUAACUCCAAUUUUUGCCUUGUGAAUAAAAGUAUUCUCAGUGGAAGAGAGAUUAUUGCUGUGUUACUUGACUGGGCUGUUAGCCUCCAUGCUGGAAAUGAGGACUAGGGUGAGGAUUUUGUAGUCUUCUUAAUCAAUAAAGCUUCAGAUGUCACCAGUGGCAAAAACAGAAUUUCAUAGCAAUAUGAAUUCAUUUUAUUUUCUCAGCAUCAUAAGGGAGAUUCAGAGAGAAUAUAAACUUUCCAAGCAUUAUAUUUUGUACAUUUGAUCUUUUUAACAGAUUUAGGACUAUCUGGGAGAGGUCUCUUCUCAGAUUUCUCUUCUGAUUGUAAAAGAUGUCCAAUCAUAUCCUUCUUUAAAUGGACCUGCUGUCAUCUCUAGCAUUUAUUCUACCCUGUAACAUAACUGAGACUGGAAAAACAUUUAAAUGGUAAAAAAAACCUGAACAAAGCUGUGUUUUGGGUACAAGUGAGGAAGAUUUCAUCAGCUGUUUGUCUAAAUCAUGUCACAAAGAUGCAUUACAAACAGUUAAUUUUCAUGCAACAUAGCAGGGAACAAAGUCAGUAAUUAUCAGCACUGCUCUCAUCAUGGUAUUCUGCUGUGACCAUAGAGCUCUCUUUCUCUGUGUAAGCCAGCAUUCCUUUGGCACUGGCACUUGUUUAGGUCUGUCAGUAGGCUUUGGUAUAAUUCAUCUCUUGCAUUUUUUUGUGCCAGAUAUAAGCAAAAAAGAAACAAACCUCAUCUCUCCUUCUGAGCAUAUUGUGUGCAUGGUGGUUACAGAGGGAAUGGGAAGGCUUGCAGGUAGAAAAGAAGGAGAAAAGUCACUGAGCCAAAUCUCUGUGCUCUCCUAGGUUCAAAAAGGCUUGUUAUGUGCUAUACAAAGCUAGUUACCCAACUGUCUUAGGUAAUAUAUUUUAUAUAUCAAGCUAUAACAAAUAUUUAUUUUGAAGAAGUUUAUGAACUAAAGAGUUAUCAGGUUUCUCAGCAUGAUGGUUCUUAGCAAAGUCUUGCCAGUCAUGCAGCUGCUAUUCUACAGGAGCAAACACUGUGUGGAUUUGGUCAUGAGUGUACAGGGAGAUCUUGCUGGUAAUGUUUUUUACUUUAGGGGAAUUACAUGUAAGAAUUGAGAUUAGACCUAAUCUGUCUCAUAACCUUGUUCCCUGCCUGCUUGUUUUAUAUGAAAAUUAGUCUCUGGCAUUUAAAUCUUAUCUAUACCAGACAAAUAGGUUGCAGUGUGCUAUUCUAUGGCUAUGAUUCUAUCCCUUAUUAAAUGUGUCUCUGCAGGACUUCUUGACUUGAAGUAACAUUUGUCCUGCCUCUAUUUUAAAGUUGCCUUUCAUUGGAUCAUGAUGGAUGACUGUUAAGAGCUCCCUCAGUCUGUCCUACUCAGACUACCAGAUCAAAGUCCGUAUUUUUCUAUCUCUGUGUUUUCCCCUCAAAAUCCUACACUUAAUGAGCUCCUCCAUAGGCCUUCACUCGAUGAAGGAGGUAUGUGGAUCAAGAGGGUUUGUUUCUCGGAUCCCUGUCACUGGUCCUCUUCUCUUCUCUUCUCCUCCCUCCCCCUACCCCUUCAUUAAUGCUGUGCCUCUCCACUGAUGAUUUGUCCAUUGGUGCUUUUGCCCUGAGGAAUCCCCAAGGCCAUGCCAGAGGUGAAAGAUGAGCAAGAAUCGGGUGGGUGAAUUGCAGCAGGGCUGCCCUGGGAGCUCCAAGGCUGAUGGGCUGAGCCUCCAGAUCUUCUGCUUCUCUACUCUCUUCCAAACCUCACCACUUCUGUAAAGGGCUGGGAUGGGAGCUGGAAGCUGAGGAGCUCUUAAAAAAACUAAACUACCAGCAUUGUUCCUCCUAUUGCAGCCCAUAUUGGUAGCUAGUAUUUUCCCUGGCAAAACUGCUCAGUGGUUUGCCAGGUAAAAUGGCAUCAGCCAGCUCGGAACAAUCACAAAUGUUGAGGAGAGGAGUGAGCAGAGCCUCAGUUGCAGCUUUCUUCCUGAGGACAGUUUGGAGCAUAUUUUGUAGGUGUGAAGGGAAGAGCUGGCUGUAAGUGUAGUCAAAGUUGGCAGUUUUGUGGUCUUUUUGGUCUUCUUGUCUGCGAUGGUGCUUUGCUACUGUGCCUCAUUUGCUGUUUACAUAAAGUGCUACUGUAGUAACUUGCUUGUUGUUGCCACCUGUGCUGGAAGCAUGUGUAUGUGGGAACAGACUGUCUGUUCCAACAGCCAGAGGGAGCUCAAGGCUGGUUCCACAGAAAAGUCAGAGGAUGACAGAAUCCUGAAGGAUAGGUCAGGGAAGAAGCUGGAAUGUGGAGGGAGUAGUGACAAACUUUAAUCUGAAAGCAUCAGAGAGAACUGUGGGCAGGAUGGCUCCGCCUGAAGCUGAAGAAAACCUCUUCUGUGGUUACACAGCUUCAGGGAAGGGGAGGUGAAAGUUGUUUUAUAAUUUAAUCACUGAUAGCAGAUGAUUUUGUCCUGUAGCUUGUUUUUUUGUUAGUGGCAAACAUACAUCUUUGGGACCUUUAGUCUAUAUCAGUGUUUCAGUGUUAGCAAAUUAAUUGCAGCAUAACUGAACUUCAUGCAAGUCCAGGUUAAUGCUGACCCACCAUCAGAAAGCAGGCACAUUGCAGAUGGGAUGUCUCCCCAGUCUAGAAACUAGACUGAAAUAAAGGACUUCAAUACCAAGAGCAGGUCUAUGAUAGCACUCAGGAGUGGCUUAGAUGAAAACCGUGAUCCACUUCUUUCAGCUGCUGCUAAAGCACCCCAACCCCGCUGUUUGACUUGCAAGUUUGCCAAGACACACAGUGCCCUUCAAAAAGCCCUGAGCCCCUGCCUGCACAGCACCUCACCCGCUCUCUGGGUUGCACCAACAGCGCUCGAGGCUCCACGUGCACAUGGGGGUGACUCCAGAGCCGGGCACUGGAGUCCCGUAUUGGACUUGCUGUGCGUGGUGUGACAAGCAAAGGAUCUUGGAUUCAAAUGCAGUGCUUAAAUGGGCAAGGUGACAUGUUCCCUAUCUCAUUGUCAGUGACAUGGAUGUGACAAGCCUUAAUCCUUUAAGAUUUUUCUUUUUUUAAAUUCUGUUAGCAUAAGCUGUAGACAGAUGUUGUCUUGUCAGUGUUUUGGACACAGUGGAGCAUCCUGUAGACUCUACAGAAAGGGAAGUAAGACUGCAAGUAACAAAAUAAAUUGCCACAUCGGUGAUGUAAACAUACCUAGUUGUAUUGCAUUUGUAUGGUUUUUUUGUUCUGGUUUUUUUUUAUGCUUCCUUGCAAUCUGUUGUCCUAAAGUUUUUAGCACCAUUUGAUUUUUGCUCAUGUGGAUAAUUCCAUGUGCUUGCCAAAGACUGCUGUCAUUCUUUAUACCAAUCACUGUUGUGUGGUUAGACCAAGCCCAUUUCUGUCACUGCCCCCAGCUUUGCUCUUCAAUUAACUUUGACUUCAGAUUUGAACUCUGCAUAUCUCAUUUUAGGGGGGAAAAAAAAAAACAACCGACUAGUUUUAGGUGUAUAAUAUGCAUAAAAGCCACAAUGGGUUUCCUUGCCAAAAUAAUUUGUAACUAAGAAGUACUAGGUGGGUUUUGUCCAGUCUACUUGAUGCCAGAACAGGUAAAUGCUCGCCAUCCCUUUCUCAGUUUAGUAACAGCAAACCAGUCAAAACCUCGAUACCUUCACCUGUCUUUUUUGGUUGACUGUGAAACCAGCAAUCCAACCUGUUCAGUACUUUUUUGGAAAGGAAGGAAGAGAAAAAAAAGGAAAUCACGGAACACAUGUUCUCUUCCUUACCCCCCAGUUUAAAACAACAACAAAAGGUGUAAGCAUAGUCACAAUAGGCAAUUCUUGUAAUUUCCACUAUUCUUAUAAUUUCCAUUUCUUUUUGGAACUAUGGAACAUAAGGUGGAAGAAACAGUAACAAGAAACCAGAAAUCAUAAUAAUGGAGAAAAGGCAAAAGAAAGGAAAGCAGAGGAAAGAGCACUCAUGAAUAGGCAAAGGCAGGACCAAAGAAGUGAUAUGGCUGGUGGUGGGUGGCAAAGACCUUGUUUCAAAUGGAAAGUAUUCAGUGGCUGCUUGGGAAGUGCAAGGAGAGCAGCAGACAGCUCAAGGAAAGGCUGCAGGCAAGUUUGGUUUCUCUGUUUUUGGGAUGAUGCAGCCACUCCCGUUCAUUGCUCUCUCCACUCCCGUUCCUAUGGGACACCUGUUUAGCGCUGAGGUUCAGCAGCUAAUGCUGAUCACCCACAGCGGCAGUGGAUGCAUGCUGGAACAAAGGAAGUACUUACAAAGAUAAAAGUGCUCUGCACUGAGAGCUCAGGCAGAAGAGUUUAAGAUGUAUUUUAAAAUGCUACUCAUCUUUCCACCUUAACCAAAUAUGGAUUGUUUUAAUAGGCCUCUUCUGAAAUAUGUUCUUUAAACAAAAAUGUUAAACCAAAGAAAUAUUAUACAGAAAACUCUUCAUAACCAAGCUGUAUCAAUUACUGCCUCUUUUAUUUCUUUCCUACUGAAACUUUAUUCAUCAGUUCUUGCUCUGUUCCCAGGCAUUCACAACAUUUAAGAGGAUAGACAUCGAAACUGUGGCCUCUAUUACACUUAAAUCAAGGUGUGACAGAGAGGUAUCUGCAGAGGGCAAUUCAGAUCAUACACGAGCUGAAUUUUCCUUUGGUGGUUCCUUGCCAUGGAACUCCAUAUACAAAGUCAGGUGAAUGUAAUGUAGGCCUACAAAUAUAUCUGAGCAGGAAUAAGACAGUAGAGUUCUUCUGGACCUUUACCCAUAGCAGCUCUUUGUAAGAAGCACAAAAUCUGUGCAUGAAUAGCUGGACUGAUCCUUCUUCACCUGCUGGAGGGCGGUUGAGUUUAGGACGUGAGAGGUAGGGUAUUCUAUACUUGGUAUUUUUGGAUUUCUCUUCCAUAAGCCAAAAUAUGAGUUUCCUGAGUUUCUGUUGCUGUUUGUGGAAUAACUCCAAGACCCUACAAAGUGAUUUUGCCCUUAGCAACACAUAUCUGUCCGGCUCAGUUUGGGCACAGAUGUGAUGUGAGAGCUUAUUGAGAAACAACAAACAAAAAAAAACCCCAAACCAAAACCAACAAAUCUCAAAUGUCUUUUGUGUUUAAAGAUAUCCCCCAAAUUAUUGUCAUGUUUGUUCCAGUGAUGUAAAGAUGUGUGUGAUUCACACCAUUCUACACUUGUAAAAGAAUGGGGGAAAAGAUGAGGGCUUAAGGAAAAAGAUGUAGAUCGCUGAAACAGGCGCUGCAUUGGUGGGUUCUGAAGAAGGGCUGUAGUAAGGGGCUAUUUUAGUUUGUCUUCUGCAGGAUUAUAAGCCUUUAAAGAAAACAAAAAACCCCUAUUCAUGUAAUAUUCUCUAUUUAUUCAUCCAUUAGCUCUGGCUAUUACCACUCUUCUUUCUUCCCACAGAAGCCCUUAUCCCAACUCCCCCCUCCCAGCUGCCAAAUAAACAUUUUUCCCAAUGGAGAGCCUGAGAGAGGUCAGCUUUUACCACAGCUUUGCUUUUACUGGGGUGCUUUGCAAUACAAAGCCAAUACCAAGCAUUAUGUUGCUGAAAAUUAAUUUUCUAUUCUCUUAGUUGCAAAUUCUUGUGACUGGGGAGGAGGGGGGGAUCUUUCCAUGCAGUGGAGCUGGAAGUGGUAGUGCCGUAAUGCCAUGAUUCUUUCAACCACCAGUUGCACCCAGGAUGUGCUCUACUGUGUAUUCUUUGGGAUUCCAGUAAAUACCUUUUCUAAGGAAACACCAAGCAUGAACACAGGCACAAAUUGCAUGAAAUUAAAAUGGUUUCCUGUACUUUUGUGAAAUGUUGGUGCUGUUGGGUAGUACUUUACACAUUUCUGGUCUAUUUUUCCUUUACUUGCUACUGCAUACCAUGGUGUUGUGGUUUCAGGUGUGAAAUAGCUCGUUUGUUUGUUUUAAGAGGUAUCUGGUAAUUAUAAGCUUUGUUUCUGCUUUUUAGUUCAGUUAUGGGUAUACAGCAUAGUAUAUUAAGCAAUGGAAAAGCUGCAUUACUGAUUUGUGAAGAAAGUAAAGGCAUUUUUAAUGUAAAAUUUCACAUUAGAAUACGCUCAAGACCACAAUGUUAACUUGAAAUAAUGUAACAAACAGUAAAUGCAUUAGAACUGUUCCCUGAAAAAAAACCCAAAAAACAACUAAACACUUUUAGCUUUGUGGCUUGAUUUAAUUCACUACUUUUUAGCAGAGAAAAAGCAGCAGCUCCUUUUCUCACGCUGGACACUGCGCAGUCAGUUAUAACCCAGCACAGAUGAAGCGCAGCCAUGGAGGUGGUUCUGGUCUUCUGCUGCCCUUACAAAUUAUUGUCUCCUCAUCUCACACAGAAAACAGCUUCAUGGUGGCAGCUAUUUCUGCAAGGGACAGCUAAUGAAGGCAUUGGGAAAUGCUGUAAGAAAAUGAUAUUCUUUGCAGUCUUUCAUCUGGAAAUCCAUUCCAGUGCUCCCUACAACACCAGAGCCCAUCCUCUCCUCCUCCACUCCCCGGUCAGGUCACCUUAGGAAAGUAUUUUACUGUAGAUCUUUAAGCUUAAAAUCCAGUUGUCUGUUCAGAUUUGUUGUUUCAUUAUGGAGUGUGUCAGAUAAUCCCUCUUGCUUUAACAAAAAAAAAAAAAAAAAAAGUAAAAAAAAAAAAAAAGGAAAAAAAAAAAGUAUUUUAAACUAGUCCAAAGGUCUGGUCGUGUAUUACUGUGAUAAGGAUCAUGGGUUUAACUGUACUCCAUUUUGGUUUCCACCAUGAACAUCUAAUUCCUGUAACAAUGUUGUAUGUUUAUUUAAAGUAUAUAUAUAUAUAUAUAUAUACACACAUAUACAUAAAUUAAAUGUCAGAUUUUUGCAUUAAUUUUUUUAAAUUUGAAUAUGAACUUUGAGUACUUUAUUUAAAAAAAAAAAUUAAAAAAUACUUUCCUGGAGUGUUAAGUUUCAGAAUUCAAGAAUAUAUUUGUCAAAUUUAAGUUUAAAAUAUGUAGCUAACAUUGUUUUCUGAUACUGAAUGUAAAUAUUUGUAAAAAGAAAUUCUUUUGUAUAUUUUUGUGCAAAUGUAGUUCCCCAAAAGAUAAAAAGGAUUUAAUAAAAAAGUGCAUUUAUGUUACUGCU